AUGACCCAAGCACUGAGGUAUGGGGCACCGAGGUAUGAGACACCGAGGUAUGAGGCACCGAGGUAUGGGCCACCGAGGUAUGGGGCACCGAGGUAUGAGGCACCGAGGUAUGAGGCACCGAGGUAUGAGGCACCGAGGUAUGGGGCACCGAGGUAUGAGGCACCGAGGUAUGGGGCACCGAGGUAUGAGGCACCGAUGUAUGGGGCACCGAGGUAUAGGGCACCGAGGUAUGAGGCACCGAGGUAUGAGGCACCGAGGUAUGAGGCACCGAGGUAUGGGGCACCGAGGUAUGAGGCACCGAGGUAUGGGGCACCGAGGUAUGAGGCACCGAGGUAUGGGGCACCGAGGUAUGGGGCACCGAGGUAUGAGGCACCGAGGUAUGGGGCACCGAGGUAUGAGAAACCGAGGUACGAGACACCGAGGUAUGGGGCACCGAGGUAUGAGGCACCGAGGUAUGGGGCACCGAGGUAUGAGGCACCGAGGUAUGGGGCACCGAGGUAUGAGACACCGAGGUAUGAGAUACCGAGGUACGAGACACCGAGGUAUGGGGCACCGAGGGCAUCGAGGUAUGAGGCACCGAGGUAUGGGGCAUCGAGGUAUGAGGCAUCGAGGUAUGAGGUACCGAGGUAUGGGGCACCGAGGUAUGAGGCACCGAGGUAUGAGGCACCGAGGUAUGGGGCACCGAGGUAUGAGGCACCGAGGUAUGAGGCACCGAGGUAUGGGGCACCGAGGUAUGAGGCACCGAGGUAUGAGGCACCGAGGUAUGAGGCACCGAGGUAUAGGGCACCGAGGUAUGAGGCACCGAGGUAUAGGGCACCGAGGUAUAGGGCACCGAGGUAUAGGGCACCGAGGUAUGAGGCACCGAGGUAUGAGGCACCGAGGUAUGAGGCACCGAGGUAUAGGGCACCGAGGUAUGAGGCACCGAGGUAUGGGGCACCGAGGUAUGAGGCAUCGAGGUAUGGUGCACCGAGGUAUGAGGCACCGAGGUAUGGUGCACCGAGGUAUGAGGCACCGAGGUAUGGUGCACCGAGGUAUGGGGCACCGAGGUAUGAGGCAUCGAGGUAUGGGGCAUCGAGGUGUAAGGUACAGGUGUAG